CGGGUGGGCGGGAAACAAAAAUGGCGGCGGCUGUUGGGGGCGAGAUGCAGCUUCUGCGCCCGUUCUGCUGCGAACACGGACUCCUGUCCCGGCCCGACGGCUCGGCCUGCUUCACACAAGGAGAUACAACAAUUCUGGCUGCUGUAUACGGACCCGCCGAGGUGAAAGUGAGCAAAGAGAUCUUCGACAAAGCCACGCUGGAUGUCCUACUCAAGCCAAAAGUCGGGUUACCAAGUGUCGCAGAGAAGAGCAAGGAGCAGAUGAUUCGAAACACCUGUGAGGCCACCGUGCUGACAGCUCUGCACCCGCGGUCCUCCAUCACCGUCGUACUGCAGGUCAUCCACGACUCUGGAUCUCUGCUGUCUUGUUGCCUAAACGCUGCCUGCAUGGCACUAAUGGAUGCUGGGCUCCCAAUGAAAAGUGUCUUCUGCGGGAUUACGUGCAUGAUCGACUCUGACAGAAACAUCCUUCUAGAUCCAACAACCACGAUGGAGAAGGAGGCAGCUGCUGUCCUCACCUUCUCCAUCGACAGUGUUGAGAAGCAACUGCUCACGUUGUCCACAAAGGGUUCCUUUUCUGUUGAGGAGCUCCAGCAGUGUGUUGCGAUAUGCCAGAAGGCAGCGGAGAAGAUCUUUCAGUUCUACAGGGACUUGGUAAGCAGAAGAUACUCGAAACUGAAUGAAUGAAUGGAUGGGUGAAGAAAUGGACCACCUAGUCCGAGUCUUGUCACGCUGGAGGCGAGGACGAUGGAGAUGUACCCCCCAGUAAGAAGCAGCAGCUGGGCUCUGCUUGACCCAACCCCUGGAUGUGCUGGCACGUGCCCGAGAGACUACAGGCCAAUUACAUCGUCCCCAGCAGUGCAACUUUCCACAUGAACUGUGUCAAACACUGGCUGAAUAUGCCUCUGAGAGUCGAAAAGAAGGAAUACAUUUUAAGAAAUAAAAUUCUGCUGAUUUUUUUAA